AUGGUUUUGGGACGUGACCUAAAGAACAUGUACAUGCUGAGAGUGGAUCUGGAGGACUUUGAAGGAAAUAAAGUUUUCGCUCUGUACUCGUCCUUCUCUGUGGAUUGUGAAACCGAUGGAUAUCAGCUGCAUGUUUCAGGAUUCACUGAUGGAGGAGCAGGUGACUCUUUAUCUGGCCAUAAUGGAUUCAAGUUCUCCACCUUCGACAAAGACCAAGAUGUCUAUGAAAAUAACUGUGCCAAACAGUAUCUUGGGGGAUUUUGGUACAAUAGCUGUCACUAUGCAAACCCCAACGGUAUAUAUUUAUGGGGUAAAGAUCCCACCCAUUACGCCAUUGGAAAUGUUUGGUCAUCAUGGAAGGGUUACGCUGUCGGAAUGAAAUCCAUCAGCAUGAAGAUCAGACGUGUGCCUUAGAAACAUUACAGUUCUUC